CAACAGAGACUGAAGCUUCAGAGAAACAGUGUGUUGAACAGAGACUGAAGCUUCAGAGAGAAACAGUGUGUUCAACAGGAAGUGGUGAUUUAGUAAACAUGAGUGUUGUGCUGCUCUCGUUGGUGAAGCAGCGACUCACUGCAGCUGCUGAAGACAUCUUUGUUCUGUUUGAAAAAACGAUAGCAGAGUACGAGGAGGAACUGUCUCGUUCAAAACAGGAGAACGAGAGACACCGGAAACUACUGGACGCUGUUUUACAGCCUCAGCUUCAGAUCCACAGAGCAGACGUCCAGCAGCUGGUGGUGGUUAAAGAAGAGGUUCCCCCUGAGCAGCAGGAGUGGAGCUCCAGUCUGGACCAGGAGGACCCAGAGCCCCCCCCACACAUCAAAGAGGAACAGGAGGAACUCUGGAGCAGUCAGGAGGGAGAGCAGCUUCAAGGGCUGGAGGAGGCUGAUAUCAUAAAGUCCACAUUCACUCCUGUCCCUGUGAAGAGUGAAGAUGAUGAAGAGAAACCUCAGUUCUCUCAGCUUCAUCAAAGACAAACAGAAGCUGAUGGAGAGGACUGUGGAGGACCAGAACCAGCCAGGAACUCAGAUCCAGAGAGACAUUUACAACCAGAGACUGAGGACGACCCUGGAGACUCUUCUGAAUCUGACACUGAAGACAGGGCUGAUUGGAAGAAGACCAGAGAACCAGGUUCAAACUCUCAGAGAAAUAAACAAGACCCUGUCAGUGAUUCAAGACGUAGUGCAGGAGAGAAACCAUUCAUCUGCUCAGUCUGUAAGAAAACUUUUACACAUAGAAGAAGCUUAAAGCACCACAUGAGAAACCACACAGGAGAGAAACCAUACAGCUGCUCAUUUUGUCUGAAAUAUUUUACACAGAGUGGAGAUUUAAAUAGACACAUGAGAGUCCACACAGGAGAGAAACCAUACAGCUGCAAUGUUUGUGACAAAAGAUUCACACAGAGAUCUCAGGUCAAAAGACAUAAGUGUGUUGGUCGUCAGUCCUCACAGCUUCAUCAAACUCAAACUGAGGAGAACAGAGAGGCAGAGCCUCCGGCCAGCAGCUCAGCUGAACACAUGGAAACAGAAGCUGAUGGAGAGGACUGUGGAGGACCAGAACCAGCCAGGAACUCAGAUCCAGAGAGACAUUUACAACCAGAGACUGAGGACAAUCCUGGAGACUCUUCUGAACCUGACACCGAAGACAGGGCUGAUUGGAAGGAGACCAGAGAACCAGGUUCAAAUUCUCAGAGAAAUAAACAAGACCCUGUCCGUGAUUCAAGACGUAGUGCAGGAGAGAAACCAUUCAGCUGCUCAGUCUGUGAGAAAGCUUUUAAACAGAGAGGACAUUUCCAUCGACACAUGAGAAUACACACAGGAGAGAAACCAUUCAGCUGCUCAGUCUGUAAGAAAUAUUUUGCACAGAGAGGACAUUUAAAGGAUCACAUGCGAAUCCACACAGGAGAGAAACCAUUCAUCUGCAGUGUUUGUGACAAAAGAUUUACUUGGAGUCAUCAGGUCAAAAGCCAUGCGUGUGUUGGUCGUCAGUCCUCACAGCUUCAUCAAACUCAAACUGAGGAAAACAGAGAGGCAGAGCCUCCGGGCCAGCAGCUCAGCUGAACACAUGAAAACAGAAGCUGAUUGAGAGGACUGUGGAGGACCAGAACCAGCCAGGAACUCAGAUCCAGAGAGACAUUUACAACCAGAGACUGAGGACAACCCUGGAGACUCUUCUGAACCUAAUACUGAAGAUAGGGCUGAUUGUUAGUUUUAAACUCUUUGCGUAAGUCCCUGUAUAUAAUUAUAUUAUUCAGGUGCUUUUAUUAACAUGUAUUGUAGUUUUAUAGGUGAAUGUGCUGGUAUUUGUAUGUUGCUAUUUGCUUGUGGAUGUGUCUUUACAACUGUUGAUGUGUUGUUUAUUUGUAAUGGAGGUGCAUCAUGUUGUUCUCUCUUCUGAGGCUGAAAAUAUGUAUACAUUCUGGAAAACGUUAAGAAAGAGACCGGAGCUUCUGAGACCCCCGUGUUUUAGAAAUGGACAUUUUCAAAAACCUCAAAUAGACAGUUUGUGUAUCUCUGAGUAUUUUAAAAAAGCAUCGGCGGGGAACAGUGUGUGUGUGUGUGUGUGGUGUGUGUGUGUGUGUGUGUGUGUGGUGUGUGUGUGUGUGGUGUGUGGGUGUGUGUGUGUG